CAAUUUGGCGCCGAUGUUGUUGACUCGUUGGCCUUUUGCUACCUCUUCACUUUGGACUACGACUUGAUCAACAUCGCCAUCAGUCGGCGUUGGACCGUCGUCGUCAUCCUUAAGCUCCUCCUUUCCUCUUCCCCAAAAAUAUCUCCAUUCGUCUCAGUUUUACACAGUUGUGUGAAAUUUGAAGCAUCGGUGCAGAGAAGUAAAAUGGGAGGACGGUCGUCCAAGAGUUCACAUGGGAAAAAGUACACAAAUCCUUAUGCAAGUACUUAUAAAGAAAUCCCAAAGCAAUAUGAUUCGCAAUCGAAUGUAUAUGCACAAACACAAAAGCAACAGCCUAGUAAGCCGGUGACAGCACCACAAUCAGUAUUGGAGAAGGUGGAGAAGAAGCAAUAUUCACAAGAAGAAGAAGUGGUAUCGCCCAGACUAGGCAGUGGGUAUGGCAGCAGUGAUGACGAAUUUUAUGAUGGCAUUCCCAGGUUUCGAAGAAGUUCAUUGCAAAAAUCCAGGUCCCGGAGGGCUAGGGUUUCAGAAAAGGCUGCUGAAGUAUUUGACACGCUUGGAAGCAGCAUGGCUAAUUUGAAUCCAGGCAGUGCAUUUCUUACUGGCGCAUCAGCAAAGAACAAUGAACUUUCGAUUUUGGCAUUUGAGGUUGCCAACACAAUUGUUAAAGGGUCAAAUAUCAUGCAGGGACUUUCAAGAAGGAGCAUAAAACUGUUAAAGGAAGUAAUUCUUCCUUCAGAAGGCGUACAAAAUUUAGUGUCGACAAAUAUGGAUGAACUGCUAAAGAUUGUUGCCACUGACAAGAGGGAGGAGCUGAAAAUUUUUGCAGGUGAAGUUGUUCGUUUUGGAAAUCGAUGUAGGGAUUCUCAGUGGCACAACCUAGACCGCUACUUUGCCAAACAUAGCAGAGAUCCUCAGAAGCAGAUGCGGGAAGAAGCUGAGUCCAUAAUGCAGCAGUUAAUGAUCUUGGUUCAGAAUACUGCUGAGUUAUACCAAGAGCUGCAUGCACUGGAUAGAUUAGAGCAAGAUUACCAGCAUAAGCGUCUAGAAGCAUGCAUAUCAAGUGCCGGUCCAAGAGGUAACAGCCCUGCAAUUAAAAACCAAAAGAAGCUUGUGAAAAAUUUAAAGAGAAAGACUCUCUGGUCGAGAAGUCUGGAAGAGGUGAUGGAGAAGCUUGUGGAUAUUGUCCUCUCUUUGAAUCGAGAGAUAACUAAUGUCUUUGGAAACACAGGUAUAAUCUGAAUGCCUGAAAGUUACUUUGUUUUUAAUGGGAUAGAGAAGCUAAUAUUCUUGAUCUUUUUAUAACAGCCCUUUGCUUAAGCUAGACAAGUAAAAGCAUGGUAUUCCUUGAUGGAAGUACUUGCCCUUCCCUGAAAAGAAGGAAAAGAGCAGAAUAUGUAAAACCUACAAGUCAUUAAACAGCUUACGCUAACAAAAA